UAGGGCUUUGGCAUCCAGGAGAGAAUGCGGGGGAAAUCCAGAGCCUAGAGGGAGCAUUGGCCAGAUUUGCAAGCCAGGAUGACCAAGGUCGAUGUGAGCUCCCCCGGCAAUGGCGCCACCUCGCAAAAUCCGAGCUACGCAGUGGGCAACAGCAGCAAGAUCGUCAAGGAAGUGGCCGGGGCAGCGGCGGCGGGGAUCCCUGGGCUUCCUCUCGUCGUCGCGCUGAAUUGCCUCGAGGAUUGGCAGAUCCUCAAUGCCGAUGCUCUGGCCGGCAUUGCGACGCUGGAGCACCUCAACCUCGCGCAGAUUGCCGAGGGCAAGCUGGAGACUGCGGCGGCCGUGAUCAUCCAUUCCCUGGAUCUCCCCCGCGCGGCGCAGCGGCGGCUCCAGCCCUGGCAGCUGAUUCUCUGCCUGGGAUCUAUUAACAAGCCGGCGGAUUCCGCCGCGGCGGCCGAGAUGGGACUCAAGCUCGUUCAUGUGGAUUGUGGGAGGGGCGAGGAGAUUGCCGACACGGUCAUGGCGUUGCUCCUGGGAUUGCUGAGGCACACGCAUUCUCUCUCGGCUCAGGGAUUUGCAAGCGCUGGCUGGCUGGGAUCGAUCCAGCCGCUGUGCAAGGGGAUGAGGAGAUGCCGGGGGCUCGUCAUGGGGAUCGUUGGUCGGACGCCAUCCGCCUGUGCUCUUGCGGUUCGCUGCCUGGCGUUUAAGAUGAGAGUGAUAUACUAUGAGACCGAAGAGGUGAAAGAGCAGACUCGCAAGUCUUUUCCUGCGUUUGCUACCAAAGUGGAAAGUCUGAAUGAGCUUCUUUCUCAAAGUGAUGUGGUUUCGCUUCACUGCCCGCUCACCAACGACACCGUCCAGAUUAUAAACGCCGAAGCUUUGCAGUACAUCAAACCAGGGGCUAUUAUUGUGAAUUCAAGCAGCUGCCAUCUACUCGACGACUGCGCUGUGAAGCAAGCUCUCAUUGACGGCAUCAUUGCUGGCUGCGCUUUGGAUGGCGUCGAAGGUCCGCAAUGGCUGGAAGCGUGGGUCAGGGAGAUGUCAAACGUGUUAAUUCUUCCUCGGAGUGCCGAUUACAGUGACGAUGCGUGGAACGAAAUCCGGUUAAAGGCAUUUUCUCUGCUGAGGUCCUAUCUUGUCAAUGGAGUUAUUCCUGCGAGUUCUGUUUCAGAGGACGAAGAGGACUGGCAGGAAGAGAAGCAUGAGCGGUUCGAGAGAGAAAGUGCCAAAGAAGACGAUCAGUGGAUUGCAGACUCGCAGACCGGCCAGCAGUUUCACCGGAAGCAGCUUGUUUAUCCGCCACAGGAGAUCCGCGAGGCUCGCAGUAUGUACAACAAAUCGGGAAAGAAGUCGAAGAAGAGGGGCUCGAGACGGAAAUCUCACCAGGUGCCAGAAUCGUUCCCAGUUCCGGAGAGAGAUGCUAACUGGGUGGCAUUGCAAAGAGAUGAUCCCGGGGGCACAAGCGGGAGAGACCAAGCGGUGAAUUCAACUUCCCGUUUCACCUCGCCCGACGAUUCCAAGGCCCGACGCGAAGACGCGGACGUGAGCUCGGAGAAACCGGCUAGCGAGUCCGUGCAGGACCUUCAAGCGAUCGAUGUGCUGAAGGAAGGCUACGUCGUUGCUGUCCGUCCAGUGACUGGGAAUGGUUACUACGUUGCUCGGCAGAAAGGUCCCGGACGAAGGUGGUGCCUGGACGUCAUGUCGGAUGUCACUCCCAGAGAUCCUGCUGCUCAGUUCCUCGUGGUGCUACGAAAUAGAGAUCGUCUUGGUUUGAGAUCACUGGCUGCUGGUGGAAAGCUUCUACAGUCCAACAAGAAAUCGGAGCUCGUGUUCCUCAACCACAAUUUCGAUAUGUGGGAGAGCUGGGUGCUCGAAGGGUCCCAGCUGAGCGACUGUACGCUCGUGAAUAGCAAAUUCAGAGGGGUGUCCAUGGACGUGUCAAUGGAGGUACUGGCAGCCGUGGGAGAGGACGAUGGCGUGGCGAGGUGGCUGAGCUGAGAGUUUGAUCCAAUGCUCGCAAGAAAUAAAGUCUAUCUGUGAAGUGAAAUACAUUAUAGUACGUCCAGGAAGAAAUCGCGCAUCAAAGAAAAAAGGGACUCCAGCAGCACGCCGGUGAUCACUGUACAAGCUGUGAGAUUUUACGUAGACCGGGAGCUCGGCUAUGGUGGAACGAGAGCCCGCUCUCCAAGUAACUUGGAGCAGCUCUCUCACUGGAGCCAACUGUCAAGAGCUAAAACGCGAAGAAACUCCGGGCGAGAGCUCAAAAGGAAGGAACAACGCCAAAGGAGGCAUCGUAAGAGUCCAUCUCGCCUCGCUUGGCAAACCUUCCUUUGAUCCUGGGCCGGGUCUCAGCGUAAGCUUUGCGAGAAGCGUACCUUAUCGUC